AAGGCGGAAUUGACGUUGGCCUGAACUGUUGCAAACAUGGCAGUGUCAGCUUGUGCUAGUGGUCGGGGAAGGGGUUUUGAAAUGAAAUCAUUGCCCUAAACAACGUCGCUAAUACUUAUUUUGCUGCUCAACCAUUGCACGGGCCCCCGUGCUGCACUGAGAUCUAUAAGUCACCCCCACGACCUUUCCAUUUAAACUUAAUUUAACUCAAUUUAACUCCGAAGAGGAAACUGGAGUGAAAUGCACAUCAGCUUCAAGUCGUGCAAGGAAUAAUUUUUGCUGCUUUUUUUCUACCAACGAUUUAAAAUAAUCCGAGCAGGGAUGGUUCUUAAGAAGAAGAAAAACGCCGAGGUUGGUCGGAUUAUUCUGGAUGACCAGAAACUUGCAAGUUUCAGAUCUAUUGCAACCGGUGAGGAGAACAGCCUUGUAAAUCUUCUUCUGGAAUGCGUAGAGUUAAAGGAUGGAAUAGAACAACUGCAUUUACUGAAGAAGAUUGGUUCUUUGUUACGAAAGCUAGACACAAACUCUGUUCAUAAUUCACAAACUGACAGCUGUAUGGAAAUACUGGUUGCAAUUUAUUGGGGUCUGGAAUCAAAAAGCCCCUUGAAAAGAGCAACAGUAAGUACUCUGGGCUGUGUUCCUGAAAACCUGGAGGAAGAAGUGGUUGGUUGCCUCGUCAGUUGCCUGAGGAAGGAAAUGUUAACGGUGGAGAAAUCCCACGUUAGGAAGACGAUUGACUCCAUUGCAGCCUGCAUGGAGAAUUUUAGCCUGGGUGAAAAAUGCAUGCAGGUGAUAUAUCUGGAGGUCCUUCAGUUUCUGCAAACAGCACUGCUCGACUUCAAGUUGCAAAAUAAGAGCCUUGGUGGGCAACACAUUCUGCAGAACAAGCUGAUGUACGAUUUGCUGCUAGCCUUAAAAACGUCUAUGGUCCUUGUUCAGAAAGUUCAAGGCAAAAUACAUGGCAUUUUCUGUAAAAAUCCUGAGCCAGCUCUCUGUGAAUGCAUGUGUGGGCUACUUGCAUCCUUUACUGAUAUAAUCAUCGAUGGAAAUUUCUUACAGAACGUUCAGAGUUCGGCUGGGAUGGCUGUGCUACUGUUUAUCAAGACUAUUGUGGAACGUGAUGAAUUGUUACCAAAGUUGGUUCACGAUCUGCUUUUUAACUCCACAAAAAGAGUUCAUGAUGCACCAGGAUGGCUUGUUCAGAGUUGUGGGGGACUUUACAGAGCUGCACCUCCUGAUGAUGCAGUUCUUUUCCUCAUCCAAGGAACGUUGACAAUGCUAGACUGGGGCAGUAGGAGCAUGAGAGAUGGCGGUGACCAACUCUUGCUAGAUAUAUUAACCACUCUCUUGUUACUCAACACCUGUUUGCAGGAAUCCAGUAUGGCAUUGUCGGUUUCCAGAACUCUGAGUUUUUGGACAACAUCUGCAUUAGAUGCUCUCCAUUCUGACUCCUGCUCCCAGCAUCUGAAACAUUCCUUGAAUGGAAACUCUGAAUCCAUUCAGAAACUGCUAGGAUAUGUUUGGACACAUUUGGAACAUCCUUUGGAUGCAUUGAGAUAUCAGACUAAAGCUAUAUUUAAAAACAUUUUAAAGAUUCACCAGAAGACCAUCGAAGGUUCAACUGAAGAGACAGAUUUAUUCUUCUUAAAUCUGACACAGAGUUUGCUGGAUUUAGAAUGGCACAUCAAAGGAAAAUAUAUUUCGCUGAGCUGUUUAGUAGAAUAUUUGGGUACUGAUUAUAUACUAGCCGUCGAUGACUCCAUUCCUAAACAAGUCUUAGGGAUAAUGCAUGAGCAGUCAUUAGCAACAUAUGCAACCGAUUUAUUGGAAAAAAUGUUCAUCGGUCAUAAGAAUCAGUUGAAUUCUUCACCCCAAUCAAGCAAUUGGAUUGAACAGUGGCACAAAACCUGGGUCUUGCCAUUUCUCAUGGCCUUGUGUGACGAGAAGUCCAGCCAAACAACUGCCAUCAUUGACCACUAUCUUCCCAAGUUAUUGAAAUGCAAUCCAGACAGCCUGACCUAUAUGAUCGAAGAGAUUCGCUCUUCUGACAAGGCUGGUAAGAACGGUGCCCUCAGCUGUAGAGGUGCUCUCGGAGCAUUGAUGACCUGCCUGAGAACAGCUCGAGCUCAGGGACUCUGGAGUACUGAGGAUAAAUCUACAUGGGACCAGCUGAUACCUGUCAGCCUGAUAAAACAGGCUUUGGUUCACAAACAUGAACAGGUCCGUUUAGAUGCCUUGGGUUUGAUAUGUGAGACAAACCGCACUACAGAGAUGGUAUCUCAGCGAGAGAUGGACUUGGUAAAAUUCUUCCUUCCGUAUAACCUGAACAGUCAGUUUCCUGCCAUAAGGCAGAAGAUUGUGUGGGUAAUGAGAAAGCUCUUCUACAGGAUAAGGGACAGUUCCCAAAUACUUUAUAAACAAACUCAGGCAAUUAAUAGGCAGAAGAACAGCGGAUGUGAAGAAAAAGCAAAUAAUCAGGAUCCAGAAACUCAGCUUCAACAGUACAAGGAUUUUUUGAUGUGGGUGUGUGAACGAUUAUUCCAAGCUCUGUUUCCAGGUGCUUCCUACCCGAGCAAUUUCAUUGUCUUGAGUCUUUUGGGAAUAAUUGCUGAACUUUCUGACGAUGCGGAGGGUCAAACUUACAGAGUGAUACAAAUAACUGAUGCCAUGCAGCCUGCCUAUUCUGAUGCUUUGUUAGGGUGUUUGAAUAGCACCUUCGAGGAAGUUAAAUUAUUAGCCUAUGAUCUUAUGAGGAAACUUCCAGCAACACUUUUUGGACUGCAGGACGGUGAGAAACUGCACACACUUUUGCAGGCAGCUUUGGACUUGUCGACCAGCACAAAACCUUAUGACUGCGUUACUGCUUCCUACCUCUUUGCCCUACUGGUACAGCAGAAGGGUUUCCUGCUAGCUCUUCGCGCUUGUUCUUCCAAACAACAAAUGACUGGUGACCAAUUUGAUGGCCUCAGCAAGGCUGAUGGAAAGCAACCAGAUAAGGAAACUGUAGAGACCAAUAUUUUAGAAGUUAUUAAGUACCUGGUGAACUGUUUGUCAGAUGAGAUCAGACAGGCUGCAAAAUCUCUGGUGCAUGCGGCAGCCUCCAACCCCUUAUAUGGAAGAGUACAUUGCAUCAUUGGAACUCUGCAACAACUCUCUCUGAAGUCCAUCACAAAAAUAGCAGAAUGGCGGCAGGUUGUAGAAGGGCUGAUUUCAAUGGCCUUUCAUCUGUCGACAGUGGUGUCUCCUAUUUGUCAGAGCUCCUCACCAGAAGGGCUAAUUCCAAUGGACGCAGAUCUCGAGACGGCUGAAAACUUGCAGAAGAUUAUAAGUGAAAUAAAACCACGGGACACAAACGAUUACUUUGCACAAGUGAAAGUGAUGAAAAGUGAUGAAGACAAAGAAACAAGUAGAAAUCUUCCUGGAGACGGCAAUCCUGCUGAAGAUUUAAGCAUGACAAUGACCGAUGCAGAUGGUCGUUCCUGCCAGGUUACUGCCCAAAUGGUUCUCGUGUGUUGUUGGAGAAGUAUGAAGGAAAUCUCCUUGCUCUUAGGAUUCUUGUGUCAGAAUGUACCUGUUCAGUCGGUGCCUGACUCAAAGGAUGGACUACUCGCAUUCCAUCAGGUUUGGGCAAUUGGAGAGUAUUUCAAAUACCAGCUUCUCCAGUCAAGGCAUAGAGGUGCAUUUGAGUUGGCUUACGUUGGAUUUAUAAAACUGACCGAAAUGUUCACCAGAUGCAACAACAGUGAUCUGCAGAAAUUAACUCUACAAUGGCUAGAAGAAGUUCUACAGGAAAUUAAGUCCAGUGCCCCGUCAUCCAAGCUGUGUGCCACCAGGCGCAGUGCUGGGAUCCCGUUUUACAUUCAGGCCUUGGUGUCUUCUGAGCCGAAAUGCUCUAACACGGGUUUUCUCAAGCUGACGAUGAAUGAAUUGAUCGCACUUUCCAUGCCAGCAGUGCCGUUAGCCGGCUCCCAGGAUGAACACACCACCAUUCCACAGGUUCACGCUCUGAAUAUCUUGAGGGCACUGUUCAGGGACACCAAAUUAGGCGAAAAUGUCAUUCCCUACGUGGCAGACGGAUUGCAAGCAGCCAUCCUUGGGUUUAUGUCUCCAGUAUGGGCAGUACGAAACUCUUCCACGUUGCUGUUCAGUGCGCUAAUCACCAGGAUAUUUGGAGUCAAACGAGGAAAGGAUGAACGUUCCAAGAAAAACAGGAUGACAGGCAGGGAAUUCUUUGCUCGUUUCCCCACACUUCAUCCCUUCCUUCUGAAGCAACUGGAAAUGGUGGCAAACACAAUGGAAAGUGACUCUGGUGUUCUGAAGCUCCACCCCAGCCUGUUCCUGUUGCUGCUUGUUCUGGGCCGGUUAUAUCCAUCCCCCAUGGAUGGCACAAGCUCGUCUCUCAGCCUGGCACCCUUUGUGCCUUUAAUCAUAAGAUGUGGUCACUCUCCUGUGUAUCGAUCCCGCGAGAUGGCCGCUCUUGCCCUGGUUCCCUUUGUGGCAAUUGAUCGUAUCCUUCCGACAACACAGUCCUUGAUGGAAACCUUACCUGCUCCCACACAUCCGUUUAUUCGCCAAAACCAGAUCCAUGGGACACUGCUCCAGGCGCUUCAUUUACUGCGAUCCUGCUAUGACUCUAAACAAAGGACCAAUUCAUGCCUUCACCAAGAGUUGCAUGACAUCAUUGGCUGCACUCGAGCCAAAAUAUGGUUGGCAACAAGGCAGAAUCCCUGUUUCCUUACCAGAGCAACUUUUCUUGAUAUCAUCUUUAUCCUUUGUCAUCAUCUCGAUGUGUCAAGCACAGUAGACCCACAGAUUCUGGACUUCUGGCAGAUUGCCCACCACAUUAUACUGGAGUCAGAACUAUUUAAAGACAGUCAAAAGUUUCUACCAGCACCUGGACUCAUUCAGUGGCAAAAAAGCAUCACCAAGCUAACUUUGUCUGUAGUGGCAAAAUCAGUUUCUCUGCGACCAAAGUCACUGUCGAGGGAUGCCAUCUGCAAAUUGGCUUCUGAAAGUGCUGAUGUUCAGCCCCGUCUACUCCUUCCUCAUCUUCUACACUCAGAGUUUCUUGAAGUACGUUUGCUGACCCUGGAGACAGUGUUGUUUUGGCUGGAAGAGAAAGAUUUCCUCCAGGCCAGAGAGACAGAUGAGAAUGUACUGUUCCUCUUAUCAGGAAUUGAGGACACUUUGAAAAAGCUAGCAGUGCAAGAAAAACACCCAGCUUGUCUUGCCAAGGUGCUGAAAAUAUUGUGCCACUUGGAUAUGGAGGGACUCUUUCCUUGGAUAGUGAACGAUUCAGUGAUGAGUGAAGCCAAACUUCUCAGGUGGAUCUUGUCAUUGGCAGACACCACAAAAAGCAGUGUGGAGCUGCAAAGUGCUACGCUUAAUCUGGCUUCAAAAUUAGUGACCCACCUUGUGCAGAAGAAGCAGGAGAAAUCCCUGGAUUCCAUAAGUGAGGAGCUCAAACAGUGGGUCCGUUUAGUUGUGCAGAGCUGUGAGGUGGAGGAGCAGACUGAAAUCCGAUUAACAGCUGCAAAAGUCCUCAUUGAUGCUGUCCCAUCUCUGCUUGCCAACAAACAGCUUCAUUUAGAUCUACUGGACACUUUAACACUGUGGAGAUGUAUUUUCACCCUUCUGCAAGAUGAAGAGCAAGAGGUGAGAGACAAGACGACUGACGUCAUACAGAUGGUUCCGUUUUUUCUGACAGCUUGCAAGGAGAAUGAUAUUUUGUACUCUGUCGUUAAUCCGUCGCUGGCCCUGGAUCUUGGCCUUGGAUUGCUGUGUGAACUUUUGCAGAUCUGGGGCCAGGUCUUGCCUGGUAUUGUAGCCCUCGUUGAAUGGAUGUUGGAAGAAGAUGAUGUGGAAGAAGAUACGGUGAAUGAAACCCUGGGAGAAUAUGACGUGCUUUUUGAUAAAAGCGAAAUUAAUCUUUGGGCCGAGAAGAUCACAUUUGCCAAUCUGCUCCAGAAGCAUCUGUCAAGACUUAUUUCCCAUUCGAGGGCGGUUCCAGAUGAUGAAUCCCAUCUCUGCCUUCUGUCAGCGAAGGCUUCGGACCAAGCGCAGCGGGUAGCGCGGCUUUUUGACGGCCUGCCACCUGCAGCAGAAUUUUCUAGAACAGCCGACUACACAAGGCUGAGCAUUCAAAAAGUGAGGCUGUUGAACACAGCCCAACUAUUGAGGCUGUUUGGAUUGGGUGCCAUCAUUGUUGGGCACUUCUGAAGUGGAAUGAUCUCAUUGUUUGACUUGGCCCAAAGCUGAGGAACAUCAGAUCAGCAGAAAUAGAAAGAGAGGCUUGUGGCGGCCGUAGAAAGACUGUAUCCUGUUGGGAUGUGCUCAUUACCACGUGAAGAUUCUUGUGCCAGUGAUAACUAGGGGGUAUCAGUUACUCCCCUCACGAUUGAAAGCUGGACUUUGUUAGCAUCAGAAAUGAACUCUUAUUAUUGUUGGUGUGGUAAUGUUAUGUGGACCUACCUGGUCCAGAUUUGCAAAUUACAAUUUGAAUAUGGAGAAAGCUUGGAUGAAUCUUAAUUCACAUGUCUUUAUGAUUUCUACAUCAAAUAAAUUUUAAAUAUAGUAUUUA